AUGUCGGGCCCCCAGUGCUGUGAGAACCCACCAACUCUGAGCCCGACCAGUGGAGUCGGCUCUGUUAUCGAUCUUGCCGGGCUCAAAACCUACGUUUCGGGCCCUUCCGAUUCCAAGCUGGCCGUCGUCCUCGCCUCCGACGUUUUCGGAUAUGAAGCUCCUAACUUGAGGAAACUAGCUGACAAAGUUGCCGCUGCUGGUUUUUAUGUGGUGGUUCCUGAUUUCUUCUAUGGAGACCCGUACGAUCCUACCAAUGAAGACAAGCCAAUCCUCGUGUGGAAAUCACUGCAUGAACCAGCUAAAGCCUUUGAGGAUGCUAAACCUGUAAUUGAAGCUCUGAAGAGUAAAGGCAUAUCUGCAAUUGGUGCUGCGGGAUUUUGCUAUGGCGCAAAGGUGGUUGUGGAACUGAACAAAUCCGGGCUUAUUCAAGCUGGAGUUAUAUUGCAUCCAUCAUUUGUUACUGUGGAUGAUAUCAAGGAGGUUAAGGCCCCGCUAUCUAUUUUGGGGGCUGAGGUUGACCAGCUCUCACCCCCAGAGCUUGUUAAACAGUUCGAGGAAAUCCUAUCAUCGAAACCUGAGGUUGCCAGCUUUGUGAAAAUAUUUCCGGGCGUCUCCCAUGGAUGGACAGUAAGGUACAAAUUGGAUGACGAGGAAGCUGUGAAAUCUGCUGAGGAAUCUCAUCAAGAUAUGCUCGAUUGGUUUACUAAGUACGUUAAGUAA